ACACAAAUCUCACACAUCUCUCUCUAUCUGCGAGCUCUAUAUUUGUUUUGUUAAAUAUCAAAACUCAUUCCUUGAUCUUCUCCGUUCCAGUUCUUUAUGCCUCACAGGCAGUAAACUCUUUUUCUGUGUGUAUUGUUCUUUUUACGGCAGAAUACACAUAUAAUCUUAUAUUGGUCUAACAUGUGAUGAAAUCUCCUCACAUCAUCAUUUCACUUGUUUUCUUAUUCUUCCUUUCUUUAGUCCUCCAAAGCCAUCAAAGAACCAUUGAUCAAAGUGACCGUAUUGGUUCCAGUGAUCAACACGCCCGUGAUGUAGCGGUGACUUCUCCGGAAGGGACAAGAAGAGAGACGUUUAGAGUUCGGCGGCCCAUGACCGCAUGGAGGAAGGGGAAGAUGCUCAAUAACAGUGAACAUGGAGUCCCAAGCGGUCCAAAUCCCAUCUCUAAUAGGUAGAAAUGUGUAACAUAUUUAUUACAGAGCUUGUUGUAUGAAUAUUUUGCCUUGUAGUCCAGUGUAUCUCUUUUCUUAAUUAUGAGGUCGCACGUACAAAAGUCAUCGAACGUUACCUGUCUUUAGUUCAAAGUUUGAAAGUUCUAAUUCUGCUGGAAAAAAAUGUUUUGUGGGAGUUGCAUAAAUUA